AUGGCAUUUGCUGGAUUUUUAUUAUUGCCAUUUACCAUGAUAGCAACGACUUUGCUGCAUAAUGAACUAUUCUCUGGAAAUUAUUAUUUGAGUUGGUUGAAUGCUGAAUUAUUGGUGACUUUGUGGAAUUAUACAUUUAUCGGUUGUAAUAUUGCUUUAUUUGCUUUAUUACCCUUCGCUUUUUUCUAUAAUGAAACCGAUCAACUUCGAACUUUUUUCGCCAAGGCAAGAGAAACCUUGACUAUAAUGGUUUUGGUUGGAAUGUUGAUGUACGCGUUUAUUUAUAUUUUAAAAUUGAUUUUCGGAAUGUCGGGCGUAGAUGAAUUGGAAAUUUUGAAUUUAUUUACAUGUGUAGGAGGUGCAUUAAUAUGUUUAAAAGCAACGCCAAAAGGUUAUAUUGCAAUAUUUUCGUGGAUUAGCAGACUUCCUUUGCGGCCAAAUUAUCGAAGAUCCUUAAAGGAAAAAUUGAUACAAAACAAGAUGGAUAUUACUGUAUGGCAACAAAGGUUGGAGAAUUUAGAACGUGGGUUGAGGUCAUCGCACGGUGCAAAUAACACAAUGUCACGUUCUGCUGUAUUGGUUCCUUCAGCAGCCUCACAAUGCCCUUAUUCAUCCGAAAAGUUGUACGCACCCAUUAAUGGACUGGCCAAUAAUACAUCUAAUAGAUCAAGUAAUCUUUCGAAUUCAAGAAGAGAAAUCAUUGCAAAGCUUAAAAAACUUGAAGAAGAAAGACGACAAACGCAAAAAGAUCUAUCUCACUCUGCACUUUAUCGUAAUAUAUUGUUUUUGGUUCUUAUCCUAGUCAGUCAUUGUAUUUGGUUUCUUGUACUUGGUCACAUCUUGUACACUUUGGUAAAGAGUUUGUUAGUUGAUGAUGAAAAAGACUUAAAAAAUUUGGAAGCUCUUUUUGGCAAACAAACCGUAUCAAUCUUUGGAAGAUUUGGCACAUUGAAUGACAUUACAUUGAUAUUUUAUUUCACCUCGGCAACAAUUAUUGGAGUUUAUUCCAUUUCACCAUUUAAAAGGAUCAGACCUCGCUUCGGAAGGAUGACCGUUCAACAUAUGAUAACAAAUGUUACAAUUUUAUUGGUUAUAAGUAGUUCAUGGCCUGCUUUGGUUAGAAUCUUGGGUUUGACAAGAUUAGGUUCAGCUGGACCUUAUGAGAAUUUUAGUACAAUGACAAAUACAGGACAAUACCUUGCAAUGGUUUUUAGGGUUUGUACUCUGAUCACAACGGUUUUCUCAAUGCUGGAAUAUUAUGUAUUGAGGAAUCUUCGACGUGUACGGGAUACGAUGAUCAGACAUCCUUCUCGUCCUUCUGUUCUUAAUGAAAUUCCACGUAAUCAUAAUCAUGAAAGGUUUCAUCAUCAACAACAGAAUGGUAAUAUGGAUGAAGCACAUUUGAGUGGAUACUUUAUUCAUCAUUCUCCACCUGAUCAUCAUGGUAUGCGACGAUAA